CUAUAACUCCGCGUAUAUAAGUCAACUCGUUGAUCUAGCAACAUGACAAUCGCAUCUGAAUACCUACAAUAAGCGCAUCCGAAACAUUAGAAAUGCGAUUUUUAGUGCUCGUAUUGGCACUAUGCUUGACAUCCGCUCAAGGUCACGUAGUACAAGUACGAGACAGACAAAAGAUAGUUGGGGUAACGGAGACCGAUGAUUGGUGGAAGACUGGCGUAUUCUAUCAGAUAUAUCCAAGGUCUUUCAUGGACGGAGAUGGAGAUGGUGUUGGAGACCUUAAGGGUGUCAAGGCUAAAUUAAAGUACCUAAAGGACAUUGGAAUAACAGGAGCUUGGUUGUCUCCUAUCUUUAAAUCUCCAGGUGUCGAUCAAGGCUAUGACAUUUCUGAUUAUUAUACCGUCGAUGCCGUCUUUGGCGGGAACGCUGCAUUAAAAAAGGUAUUAUGGGAAGCGAAAAUGCUUGGACUAAAGAUAAUCCUGGACUUCGUACCGAACCACACCAGCGAUCAAAACGAGUGGUUCAAGAAAUCCGUCAACGGCACCGACGGCUAUGAGGAUUACUACGUUUGGAACGAGGGGAAAGUCGACAGUAACGGAACAAGAGUACCUCCCAAUAACUGGGUUUCUAUCUUCAAAGGGUCUUCGUGGACUUGGAACGAGCAAAGAAAGAAGUUCUACCUCCACCAAUUCGCUACACAACAGCCUGAUUUGAACUACUCCAAUCCCAAGGUUAUGGAAGCGAUGAAGAAAGUGUUGACCUACUGGCUGGACCAGGGCGUAGACGGCUUCCGAGUGGACGCAGUUCCUUACAUCAUGGAGGACAAAGAACUGCGCGACGAACCUUUAACGCCCGGUCACAAGUACGACCAAAACGACGUCGACUGCGUCGAACGCAUCUACACCAAGGACAUCGAUGAAACGUUCGACGUCGUCUACGCCAUUCGUACUCAUGUGGAUGAGUACGCGAAGAACAAGAAAAUCACCACCAGGUCAGUACUAGUUUGAUAUCGAGGCUACGCUGUUAUAGAGGCAGGUGUUGAAGAGGGAGUCAGUCAGUAUGUAAGGAGUAGUCGACGCGAGCGCGAACCACUCCCAGUUGUUAGUUACAUUAUUUGAAUAUUAUUACAGAGUAUUGAUGUCGGAAGCAUACGCAGACCCUGACAAGACCAUGCGGUACUACGGCACCAGUGAUGGUAAGAAGCUGGGUGCUCAUUUCACUUUCAAUUUUAAUCUGCUGACCAUGAUCCAAAAUAAGGACUUCAAAGUUGCUGACAUCGCGAAAGCGAUCAACUUGUGGAUGGGCAAGAUGCCCAAGAUAUACACUCCGAACUGGGUGCUAGGUAACCAUGACAACCACCGUAUAGCAUCCAGACUCGGCUCCGAAAACGUGGAUCCGUUCAACGCCCUGACAGCCUUUUUACCGGGCGUCAUGGUCACUUACAACGGCGAAGAAAUCGGCAUGACGGACGGUCACGUGACCUGCGAAGAAGGCCAAGACCCCGUCGCGAAAAAAGACUGCAGCACGUACAACGCGACGUCCAGGGACUUCGAGCGUACGCCGAUGCAAUGGGACGACUCGAAGAAUGCCGGGUUUACCGUCAACGAGAAGCCUUGGUUGCCCGUGGCUGAUAACUACAAGGAACUUAACGUUAAGAAAGAGAAAGCGUCACCCACUUCUCACCUGAGCAUCUACAAGUCCUUGAUCCAAUUCAGGAAGAAAUACGUGAAUAGGCCUUCGAAGAAGGACAAGCUGAUUGUAGGUGGGCAGAGCAAAGUUUUGAAGCUCUACAGAGAGCGGGAUGAGGGCAGCUAUACUCUUCUUUUCAACGUUGCUGAUGUACGUCAAAAAGUUGAUCUCGUUAAGCAAAAGCUUUUGCUUACUACCAAGCCGAGUGCGCAACGUCAGAUCGGUUCGAUUUUGGAAGACAUUACGUUGGAACCUCACGAGACUGUGAUCCUGAAAACAGCGUAAAUCGCUAAGAAGAAGAUUCAAAUACUUGUGAUAACUCAUGUUACCUGAUUUGAUAAAAUAAAUGCCAUGUAUUCUCACGAGGUGUCUGAAUUUAUUUAAUAAAAAAGCUGCAUUAGUAGCGG